AUGGCUUUUUUGACCAAGAACAUUUGGCCCAAAGAUGGGAGGAACCGAUCGCAUAUCCCGGCCAUGCCGGUGUGGAUUGCAGGCGUCAGGAUAGCACAGCUCGUAAGGAACACCGCCGCCGCCACCACCAACGAGACCCCACGAUGCGAUGCCGCGCGCAACUUAGGAUUGGGCAAGGAUGUUCGCAUGUCGUGGAGGUUGCGAGAUGUUCUCUCGAUCGCGACGUUAGCAGUCACCGUCUAUGGUCUCACCACCAUGCAAAAAGCGACAAACUAUCGCAGGAUAACGUCCUUCAGCGGCACUGAAGGCUUCCCAUUCUCAUGGUUCGCUUUCGCGUGGACCUUUUCCUACUUGACAUGGCUAGGAGUCGCCGUCAUGUUCAUCCCGAUGAUGUACAACUGCUGGGUGCAUCUUGGACUUGAAGUUCUCACCAUUGUUUUUUGGCUCAUCACGAUGGCGCUGUUGGCCAGCCAUGCCGACGACCUGGACUCCCUCGAUGCUUUCAUUGUUACGUUCGGGCCCAAAUAUGAAGUUUACUACAAGAUGAAUGUCGAGCCGUUUGCCGAGGGCUUCGUAGCCGCGACUUAUACCGGAACAGCACUCUCGACCGUCAACUUUGUGCUGUUCAUCGUUUCUAUCGCCAUCUUUGGCCGCGCUCUACAUGCUUACCGGAAAGCAAACUUGGAAAAGGCUCCCAGCACGACCGACUCGCAGAAGACGAUCCAGGCCGAGGGUGACAAGAUGGUGGCCUCGCCACAAAUGACCUCCGCGGUGCCGACUUACAUUCACUGGCACCACAACAACAACACCAUGAACCAAUAUCACCCGCAGCAGCACCCUCAAAUGUACCCUUACUACGCCCAACCGUACGCCCAGUCGCCGCACUCGCAAUCGAACCCCUCACCUCCGACCUCCGUACCGCCACCACAAGGAUUCCAACCGGCAUACUACCCCGGCGCCCAGUGGCCGCCUCAACCACCUCAACAACAACCGCCUCCCGAGGGCGGCGUCUGGCCGCAGCAGAACUACGGCAUGUACCAGCAACAAGUGCCCAUCGCCUCUCAGCACACGGGUCAGUCCGGGACCGACCUCGGCACGCCCCAGUUCCCAAUGGUGAGCCCCGUGACGGCCACCAAGUCCGACCUCCAAGGCGUCUACCCGACGCCGCCGCCGGGAAGCACGACGACGGGGGCUCACUCUCACUCGGGAUACAUGGCGCCGCCAGCACCACAGCCGCCACCGCCGCCGCCGCCGGCUCCCGGAUCGGCGCAGUCGCCGGUCGAACUGAACGACGGUCUGGGGGAGGAGAACAUGCCUGCCGAGUUGCCGAAUAACCCGCCCAGAUCACCCAGGUGA